ACUCUCCUCUUCUUUUCUUCUCUCUUUUUUCUUCUGUUCUUCAUUUCAAGCCAUUAAUGCAAUCAUCUGCUUCUGCUAUCCCAUUGAUUGCAGAAGCUGAAAGCAUCAUUUUAUUUGUCCCAUUUCUUUCUUAACACUAAAAAAGUAAUAAAAAAGAAACAACUUGUCUCCUCAUUUUGAUUUAUUUUCAUUACAGUAAGUUCUAUUUUUUGUCUCUGACAUUCCACCAUUCUCUUGCUUGAGACAGAAGCAAAAAAUCUCAGAAAAAGAAAAUAUUCUUUCACUUUUCUGCUUUAGUUAAAAGAGCUUACUUUCUUAAAAGAAAUUCCAUUGUUUUACUGUGUUUUCCAAAAUGGAUCGUUUUUCAUCUACAACUUUGCUUCCUGAUGAUUUAACUGUACAACUAACGAUAAUUUGGGAACAGAUCAAAGCCCCAUUGAUUGUUCCUUUACUCAGAAUUGCAAUAUUUUUGUGCCUUUUAAUGUCAAUUAUGUUGUUUAUUGAGAGAGUAUAUAUGGGGAUUGUUAUUAUUCUUGUGAAGUUUUUUGGUAAAAAACCAGAAAAACGUUACAAAUGGGAAUCUUUAAAAGAUGAUGUUGAGCUUGGAAAUUCAUCUUAUCCUAUGGUUCUUGUUCAAAUCCCAAUGUAUAAUGAAAAAGAGGUUUAUCAGCUCUCAAUUGGAGCUGCAUGUGGCCUUUCAUGGCCUUCUGAUCGUAUUAUAGUCCAAGUUCUUGAUGAUUCAACUGAUCCCAUUAUCAGGAAUUUGGUGUCAAUGGAGUGCCAGAGAUGGGCAAGCAAAGGGAUAAAUAUAAAGUAUGAAAUUAGAGACAACAGAAAUGGUUACAAAGCAGGGGCUUUGAAGGAAGGAUUGAAACAUCAAUAUGUGAAGCAGUGUGAUUAUGUUGCUAUAUUUGAUGCUGAUUUUCAACCUGAGCCUGAUUUCCUUUGGCGUACCAUUCCAUUUCUAGUUCACAAUCCUGAACUUGGCCUUGUUCAAGCUCGUUGGAAAUAUGUGAAUGCUGAUGAAUGUUUGAUGACAAGAAUGCAAGAAAUGUCCCUGGAUUACCAUUUCGCAGUGGAGCAAGAAGUGGGUUCUUCCACCUAUGCUUUUUUCGGCUUUAAUGGGACAGCAGGUGUUUGGAGAAUUGCUGCAAUAGACGAGGCUGGAGGUUGGAAGGACAGGACAACAGUUGAGGAUAUGGAUCUGGCUGUCCGUGCUAGUCUCAAGGGCUGGAAAUUCUUGUACCUUUCUUCUCUCAAGGUGAAAAAUGAAUUACCAAGUACAUUCAAGGCCUAUCGCUAUCAACAACAUCGUUGGUCUUGUGGCCCUGCCAAUCUUUUCAGGAAGAUGUUUACGGAGAUCAUAAGAAAUAGGAAAGUGUCUUUAUGGAAGAAGAUCCAUGUGAUUUACAGCUUCUUCUUUGUAAGGAAGGUCGUUGCCCACAUUGUCACCUUUGUAUUCUACUGUAUUGUAUUGCCUGCCACUGUAUUAGUACCUGAAGUUGAGGUUCCGAAAUGGGGAGCUGUUUACAUUCCUUCAAUUAUUACACUACUCAAUGCUGUUGGAACUCCAAGGUCAUUCCAUCUGAUAAUAUUUUGGAUCCUUUUCGAGAAUGUCAUGUCAUUACAUCGGACUAAGGCUACGUUCGUUGGCUUGUUAGAGGCAGGACGAGUGAAUGAAUGGAUCGUCACGGAGAAACUAGGGGAUGCUUUCAAGAUUAAAUCAGCCAUCAAAGCGUUUAAGAAACCUCGAUUUAGGUUUGGUGACAGACUUCAUUUGUUAGAGCUUGCCACUGGCGCGUACCUCUUCUUUUGUGGAUGUUAUGACAUUGCCUUUGGGAAGAAUCACUAUUUCCUGUACCUCUUUAUUCAAGCAUUUGCCUUCUUCAUCAUGGGAUUUGGUCAUGUUGGUACUUUUGUUCCCAACUCUUAGCCACUGCUCGUUUACUGAUUAACGGUAUGAUUUACAUCUGGGAAGCAAGAUGGAGCAGCAUUUGAGCAUCCCUUUUUCAGUUUCUCCUCCAUUUUUUACUUUUUGGUGCUUUUUUCGCUCGUAAAAAAGAGAGUUUUGUUCAUUCUUUUUGGUUCAAGCAUAAAGUACUCGAGCUGAUAUAUGGCUCGAAUCUGUUUUGUUCUCUUUGUGUAUAGUCCAAAGUGUUGAGGGCUAUAUUACAAGAAAGAAAAUUUUAUUAUGAUAAUGUGUAUAGAGAAGACAGCCAAGAAAGAAAAAGGAUAAUGUCUUGUGCUACUAGGCCGUUGUAUUUGUUUUUUCCUUUUAUAUUCUCAGUUGUAUUUGGUCUCAAUAUAGAAUGAAGUUUCCACAGCCAUUUCUUUUUC